AUGGGGCCAAGGGCGUCCCUGAGCCGGCUCCGGGAGCUGUGCUGCCGCUGGCUGCGGCCCGCUCUGCACACCAAGGAGCAGAUCCUGGAGCUGCUGGUGCUGGAGCAGUUCCUGAGCGUGCUGCCCCCGCACCUGCUGGCCCGGCUCCAGGGCCAGCAGCUCAGGGACGGCGAGGAGGUUGUGCUGCUGCUGGAGGGUGUCCAGAGGGAGUCCAGCGCCGCGGGGCCACUGGAUUUUAGUUUUAAUGCUGGCAAGAAUUGUCCCCGUGCAGACAUCACUGCGGAGGACCAGGGGGGCUCUUCCCAGGUCUCCAGCCACAGCCCCAAAAAGGAAGCGCCCUCAGAAGGACCCCCGGCCCCGGAGCCAGCCAUGGAGCCCCCAGCAUCCCAGCCAGGGCCCUCCAAGCCUGCUGAGCUGGGGACCUGGAGACAUCCCCCAAGUUCAAAGCAGCCACUGAGCCCAGGCCCCAAGAGGACAUUCCAAGCCCUGCAAGAGUGUGCCCCCCAGGGCCCUGUCCUGUGGCUGGAGGAAAACGCCCGAGAUCAGGAGCUUGCAGCUGUGCUGGAGUCCCUGACCUUCGAGGAUGUCCCAGCAAAGAAGGCGUGGCCUGUUCACCCUCUGGGACCUGGAAGCAGAACCCCAGAUGAGGAGUUCAAAGAGGAGCCCAAGGCGGUCGCCUGGCCUGCGGCCCUCUCAACAGAGCCUCAGGCAGACGGUCCUCCGGCGGCGGAAGAGCCCCAUGUCCAGGUGCUGGGGCCUGGCCCCGAAGUGAGUGGCACCGGCGGAGGAGGGUCCCCUCCCAGCAGGAGUGACAUUCUGGAGGUCAAAGUGGCCGACGGGCCUCCCAGGUCGGAGGCAGAGAUGGAAUUCAUCUGCACCGACUGCGGGGUGACCUUCCGACAGCUGGCCCGCCUGGAGGCGCACCAGCUGCGGAGUCACCCGGGCGCCCGGUCCUUUCCGUGCGAGCGCUGCGGGAAGAGCUUCGGCCGCAGCUCCAUCCUGAAGCUGCACAUGCGCACGCACACGGACGAGCGGCCACACGCCUGCCACCUGUGCGGCCACCGCUUCCGCCAGAGCUCCCACCUGAACAAGCACCUUCAGACGCACUCCUCCGAGCCCGCCUUCCUGUGCGCCGAGUGCGGCCAGGGCUUCCAGCGGCGCGCCAGCCUCAUGCAGCACCUGCUGGCGCACGCCGAGGGCCGGCGGUCGCCGCGCGCCCCCGAGGCCAAGCCCGAAGCGCGCGAGCUGGCCGUCGUCCUGUGCUCUCACUGCGGCCAGACCUUCCAGCGCCGCUCCAGCCUCAAGCGCCACCUGCGGAUCCACGCCAAGGACAAGGGCCACCAGUGCUCGGAGUGCUCGGGCAGCCUGCGCUCGGGCCCGGAGCGCAGGCCGUACGUGUGCAACGACUGUGGCAAGGCGUUCCGGCGCAGCGAGCAUCUGGGGGCCCACCGGCGCGUGCACACGGGCGAGCGGCCCUUCUCGUGCCAGGUGUGCGGCCGCAGCUUCAGCCAGAGCUCCCAGCUGGUGUGCCACCAGCGGGUGCACACGGGCGAGAAGCCCUACAGCUGCCCGCACUGCGGGAAGCGCUUCGUGCGGCGGGCGGGGCUCGCCCGCCACCUCCUGACGCACGGCGGCCCGAGGCCCCACCACUGCACCCAGUGCGGCAAGACCUUCAGCCAGACGCAGGACCUCGCCCGCCACCGGCGCAGCCACACGGGCGAGAAGCCGUGCCGCUGCAGCGAGUGCGGCGAGGGCUUCAGCCAGAGCGCCCACCUGGCGCGCCACCAGCGCAUCCACACCGGGGAGAAGCCCCACGCCUGCGACACCUGCGGCUACCGCUUCCGCAACAGCUCCAACCUGGCCCGCCACCGCCGCAGCCACACCGGCGAGCGGCCCUACGGCUGCCAAACCUGCGGCCGGAGCUUCCGGCGCAACGCCCACCUGCAGCGGCACCUGGCCACCCACGCGGGCGCGGGGACCGAGGCGGCGUCCAGGCCGGCCGAGCCCCCGCAGGAGUGCCGGGAGUGCGGCAAGAGCUUCAGCCGCAGCUGUAAUCUGCUGCGCCACAUGCUGGUGCACACGGGGGCCAGGCCCUUCUCGUGCGCGCAGUGCGGCCGCAGCUUCAGCCGCAACUCGCACCUGCUGCGCCACCUGCGAACCCACGCCCGCGAGACCCUGUACUAGCCUCGCGCAGGUUC